GAGCCACUCUCUCUCUCUCUCUCGCUCUCUCUGGUUUCUGCUUCGUUUCAUAAUCGUCUGUGCGCAUACACAAAAUGAGAAGAAACAAAAGAAGUUGACGCAUAAAUUGGUUUCAUCCUUUUGGCAUAGUCAAGACAGGAAGAUAUCAUCUACGGUUAUUUGGCGAAACAAAACCGUGAGUGGCAAAACAAAUGAUGGAAAAGCCAAGAGCGUUAAAACAAUAAAUGGAAAAGCCAACGGUGGUAUAACAAAUGAUGGAAAAGCCAUGAGUGUUAAAGAAAUUGCUGGAAAUGCUGCUGCGGGAGCAGCUUUUCAAGAGCUAUUUAGUGGUUCGCGUCAAGCAAUUACGCAUGUAGCAAAAAGAACCAUUCACUUCCAAUCCUAUUUGAAAGGCCUCGAUAAAACGCUGUCUAAACUAGAGAAAUUGUUCAAGAAUAUUCCACCGGAUGAGUCCAGCGUAAAGGAAUCGGUCAAGUUGGUGGAUAAGGGAAGGAAGCUUGUACGUGAGUGCAAAAACCUCCAGUGGUGGAAACAGAGCAUCAGAUUCGUUUACGCGGACAAACUCCGGAAGAUGGACAAGGAACUUCUGGCGUUCAUUCAGAGCAGCAGCAUGGCUCGGAUUAUGAAGGAUAUGUCAGAGACUAAGAACUUGGUUACUGAAAUUUCGAAGAGAGUGAAUGCUACCGAGAGUAGUAUUGAUCAAGGCGAAGGGGAAGGAUCCUCCGUCCAUGAAGAUCAAGAAGAUGCAGCUACUGCUGGGCCGGAAGGAUCAUCUUGAUCUCGUCUCCAUGCUUGUAGCAAAGGAUCGAGGAUGCCGGAUGACCACGUUUGUGAAAAAUAUGAAUUCUUCAUGACGAGGAAACCGAUCGCAAUGUUUAUCUUGAUUUUAGAUCUUUUAAGCGAAGUGAAUUUAAUAUAUGUUGUAAAAUUAAAUUGAAAUGGACUCGUGUGAUAUUUUAGAUCUUUUAUAAUUUAAUAUAUUCUAUAAAUUAUAUUAAUUUGUAAA